UUUUGACGGUCUCCUGGAAUUUUUCAACGCGCUUUUGACCUUGACGCGCCUAACGAUUCGGAGCUGGUCGAUCCAGACAAUUAACGCAAUGCCGUUAGCUAGCAACGAUAACACAUUGACCCAACGUUGCUUCAGAGGAGCUGAACGACUUUCUCGCCCCCGCCAGCGAUAUCAAACGUAUUUGCUUAUACUUUGACAUUAAAACUGAGACAAGAAACGCCGAGCGAGCAGUGCACGUCCAGCGGCCUUGUUGACCCAUUACGUGCCUUAAGAGUUUAUCGGAUAAUUGAAGUUUGAACGCGUAUCAUCGAAUUUUUCAAUACUUUACUCAAAGUGGUUGAAAUAUCCUCCAUUUUUAUCUCGGCCGGGAAAAAUGUACGCUCAGAUGAAACCUUCGGUUCCUGUGGAGGAAAACUUCACGAGCGAUAUGAACGGCUCUCCUCCUGAUAAGCCGAAGCUCAUGGACGGUGGGAACUACAUAAAGGAAGGUCGGGAUUCCGCCAAGAGCACGUGCUUGAUCUUCUCGCCGAAGAAGCAGGAUGAGGUCGGAGUGCUCAGCCAGGUUCUUCAGCUAUUCGUCAAACACGAAGUCAACUUGCUGCACAUAGAGUCCAGGAGUUCGCUUCGUCAACCGGACUCCUAUGAGUUCAUGGUGGAGUGCGCACCUGGAGGAGACCUCGGUGCGGUGAUCACGGCUCUUCACAGCCAAAGUGGUUAUUUCUCGAUAAUAUCCAGGAAUCAUAAAGACAACUUGGGCACGGUGCCCUGGUUCCCGAGGAGGAUAAGAGACCUGGACAAGUUCGCCAACCAGAUCCUGUCUUAUGGCUCCGAGCUGGACAGCGACCAUCCUGGAUUCACCGAUCAGACCUACCGAGCUCGGCGAAAGUACUUCGCCGACCUGGCCUACAACUAUAAACAUGGUAGACCCAUUCCCAAGGUCGACUACACGCCGGAGGAGAUUGCGACUUGGGGAGUCGUCUUCAGGAAGCUCACCGAGAUGUACCCGAAGCACGCAUGUAGGGAGCACAAUCACGUUUUCCCUUUGCUUAUCGAGAACUGCGGAUACAGGGAGGACAAUAUCCCUCAGCUGGAGGACAUCUCGAAUUUUCUGAAAGAUUGCACGGGGUUCACGUUGCGCCCUGUUGCUGGGCUCCUGUCUUCCCGCGACUUCCUGGCGGGUCUGGCUUUUCGAGUCUUCCAUAGCACGCAGUACAUCAGACACAGCAGCAUGCCGCUUUACACUCCGGAACCUGAUGUCUGCCAUGAAGUUCUCGGCCAUGUUCCUCUCUUCGCCGACCCCUCGUUUGCGCAGUUCUCCCAGGUCAUAGGUCUUGCCUCCCUCGGCGCGCCGGACGAGUACAUCGAGAAGCUAGCAACGUGUUUCUGGUUCACCGUCGAAUUCGGUCUCUGUCGACAAAAUGGAGAGCUUAAAGCCUACGGAGCUGGACUAUUGUCAUCGUUUGGAGAACUCGAGUACAGUUUGAGCGGAGAACCGGAAUUGCGUCCUUUCGAGCCGACCAAAACAGCCUUGCAGAAAUAUCCGAUCACGGAAUAUCAGCCGGUCUACUACGUGGCGGAAGAUUUCCAAGAUGCCAAAGAAAAAAUGACAAAAUUCGCGCAGGAAAUCCCCAGGAAGUUCGGCGUGAGAUACGACCCGUAUACGCAGAGUAUUAGUAUCAUCGACAGUAAGCACCAGAUAGAGGAACUGGUGAACAACGUCAACCAGGAGGUGCAGAUCCUGAUGGAUGCUCAACGCAAACUGAAGUCAUGAGCCAAUUCCUUUCAAUUCAAAGCACAAUUAAUACGCGUCUCUCCUUUUCCAUAUUUCCUUUGUUUUCUUUUUUUAAUAGAAUCACAAUAAACAAUUUACAGUGGGA